CCGUAAAUCAAUAGUCACCACUCGAUUUCAGCUCCGGGUCACAAUUGCAUCCAGCAAAGGCGUGCCAUACGGUAAAGUUGGAUGUGGCCUAUAUUCAUUAACUGGCUAUCCCGAUCAAACUGACAUCAUCGUCAAUCUGGAGACUACAGGAUCAAUUGAAGCAUACAAAUUUUCAUUGGAAUUGUUUUCGGAGUGUGAAAAGCGGAUGACUAACUUAAACAUCAUGGACUUAAACCUUCAACAGCCAUUCGCCAUCCGAAUUGCCGUGAGAUUCGUCGGAGAUGAUUCAACGGGCGAAUGGCACAGCGUAUAUGGCAGCGCAACUGAGGUGAUGCAUACUGCGGAAACGACCUGCUCAAAAUAUGCGAAGAGAGUAAACACUACGAAAAGUUCGGACGACAACCAAUUUAAUUGUACUGUAACCGGUCCACACAGGGGGCAUGUGAAAGGGGAAUUUCUCUUGUACUUCGCAUUGGAUGAGGCGGACACAAUCACAGCGGCAAAAGAGGCCCUUGAGAAGCGAAACCCAACGGGAAUUGGUUACGACAUCACUGCCUUGCUAAUUAAAAUCAUAAAUGCUACACCCUGA